CCAAUCAGAGCUCGUGCGGGCUCCGCUCUAGUCUCUGCCUCGCGCUAACUAUGCGCGUAGUGUCGCGCUGAUCCGCUCGCUCGCGCCGCAUUCCGAGAGAGAGAAUCCGGAGGGGGAGAUACACCAGCGAGUGCGCGCGCGCUCCGCGAUAAGCCCUUCUUUUUCACUUCAUCACUUCGUCUGGUCCAGUCGGGCGCGUGCGGGGAUGCUCUUUGCGUGAGGGAUAUUUGCGUGCCCGUCGGUCGCUUUUCUCCUGAGGGGUCACUUUGGAGCGAGGAGGAGAGGGAAAAGGCACGAGGAGGAGACAACAAGAACCUCUAAAAUUUCGCAUCUAAGACAUUUUUUUUCUGGAACAUCUGUAGUAAACAAGAGCAGAGGAAGAGCGCGUGCUGUGCGCUCUAUGCGUUUUCUGUCUCUCUCUCUCUCUCUUUUGAAGAAAAACAAACAAACAUAAGGACAACCUGCUGAAUUGCAUCACGGUGCUCGAGGAGCGACACAGCGAUUGAAACUCGUAAACAUGAGCCGCGCGAUCUCAAUCUUCACUGCUUUGCUGCUGGCACUGCUGCCUGAAGGACCCAGCAGUGUCCAGGCGGUGGAGUUUGGUUAUUUCCCUGACAACAUUACAGUGCUGGAAGGGCAGAGCGUCAUUUUGAGGUGUAAGAUCGACGAGGAGGUGACCCACAAGGCCUGGCUGAACCGCUCUAACAUCCUGUUCACGGGAAAUGAGAAGUGGUCUCUGGACACACGAGUGUCGAUGGCUAACAACAACGAAAGUGAUUUCUCCAUCCAGAUCGAGCGGGUGGCCGUGGCCGAUGAGGGUCCGUACACGUGCAGCUUUCAGGCGCGAACCAAGCCACGCACUGCACACGUCUACCUCAUCGUCCAAGUGCCAGCGAGGAUAGUCAACAUCUCUCAGGAUAAAUCGGUCAAUGAGGGCGACGACGUGAACCUCUUCUGCUUGGCGGUCGGCCGGCCCGAGCCCACCAUCACCUGGAAGGACAUAAAAUCUGGACGUACGUACGAGGGAGAGUUUCUGGACAUCACGGAGAUUAAACGGCAUCAAGCUGAAGAGUUCAUGUGCAUCACAAACAACGGUGUGGCGCCACCUGAUACACGCCGUGUCAAAGUCACAGUGAAUUAUCCACCCAUGAUCACAGAUGUAAAGAAUAUGCCAGCUCAAGUGGGGAAGGCGGCCAUCUUGCGCUGCGAGGCUAUGGCUGUCCCCACCGCAUCCUUCGAGUGGUACAGGGACGACCGGAGACUGGUGGAGAGCGACAGCAUGAUGAAGAUUAAAAACGAGAAGACGCGUUCCCUGCUGUUUUUUACCAACGUCACCGAGAAACACUUUGGCAACUACACCUGCUUCGCCUCCAACCGCCUAGGGGCCUCCAAUGCCAGCAUGCUUCUGUUCCGGCCGGGGGCUGUGUACGGCGGAAACUCAUCGCUAAGCGCCUGUCUAUCGGGACUCGUCUUCUGGUUCAGCCUCGCCAUGUCCGUCCUGCUGAAGGUCUAAUACGCCGCCGCCUCGGAAAGGAGUCUUUAAAUGACGAACCCAUCACUGUGAAUAAAAAAGAAUUAUGCAUUAACCCAGGAGCCAUCUCUUGCAUCCUAUAAUCACCACCCUCCCCUCCUUUCUUUUCCCCUACCCUCCUUUCCCUACUCAUCUCAUUCCCACCCGUCUUUGGCGACCACUGGCCACUGCCUCUCCCACUUCUCCAGCGAAGGUCACCUUUUCGAUGUUCAUAGCUGUUGUGGUGAUGAUUGUAAAAAAGAAAAAAAAAGAAAAAAAAAAUGCUACAAACGUGAAGGUGCUGAGCGGAGCGCGUCUUUGUCUCACGUGUGCACGUGUGCUGGAUCAUGGUUGUAUAUUUGUGAAUGCUGUCACAUUAAUGGUGUUUCUAAGAAAUGUGAUAUUUAUGACGAUGAUGAUGAUGAUGGUCAGGUGACCCUGUAAACAAGCUGUGGCUGUUCACCAGCAGGCCACGCCUCAGUGGCCUUCGCUCUCUCGGAUCAGAUCAGAGCAACAGAAUUUUUCUGUGAAUGAUGUCAAAUUUCAUCAAGGGUCAGCAUUAGCAUGAGGGGGAGGGGGAAACAGAUUGGCCCCACCCCUCAUUUUUUUUGCAUUCGCUGGAGGUUUUGACCCAGGGCAAAGCAUGUGACCCCAGUCUGGCCUUCCGGUCCUUCCUCAUUCUCAUCACGUUACUACUAUCACCACAUUCCCUCACAUCACAUUCACCCUCAGUGUAAAUAUAUAUGCAGUAGAGGCCACACCACAAGUCCAUACGCAAUUCUAUACGAUUUCCCGAUUCCAUUUCCCAUCAGCCUCUCUGUUUCAGGCUUUUUUGGCUUGGAGGUUAUGUUUCUGGUGUCUCCUGCCCCCUCACCCAUCCCCCACCCCUUGAAACCGUCGAUCACUCUUCCUUGUCGCUUGUUGAUAGCAUGUACUGGUUAGAGCUGUUCCUGUUGUGCCGUCCAUCUGACCCCUCGCCCCUCGCCCCUUGCCCCUCUCUAUAAACCCUACCCCCCCCCCUGCACUGUGUACAUUUAAUCUGCAAGGUUAACUGCUAAUUGCUCUUUUUAUUUUUUAUUUUUUUGGUGUUAAUAAUGAUGAUGAUCAUGAAGAUGAUGAUGAUGAUGUUGAUAAGUAUUUGAAAUUGAUAUGAUGAUAAUUACAUGUGAGAAAAAAAGAAAAAUAAUCCCAGAGCCAUGUGUGCGAAAAUAUUUUGUACUUUGCUCUGAAAAAAAAAAUCCUAAUAAUAAUAAUAAUAAUAAUACUUUUUUUUUUUCAAAGUGUUGUGCUCUAUUUUGCCAUGAGAAGCUUUUUAAAAACAAAACACACACACACAAAAAAAAAAACAUGAGUUGAGCGCAGCAAAACACUGCUUAUGAAUUAGCCCCCCUUUGUUAUGCUAGCAUGCCACGAUGCUAGAGUCGUUUAAAAAGAUGAGCGUUAUGACAAAAACGUAGCGUUUUGCUGCACUCACAGUAAAGGGAGCAAUCAAUGAAAUGAAAUGUAAUAUAAUUUGUACCGUGUAUGUAUCCAAACGUUUCUUUUUAAAGGCUCUGUACUGUAUCGAAUGUAUGCUAACCUGUAUGCUGUCCCACUGUUUUUGCUGUAACAUUUGUCAGCCAUCUUGACGUCACAACCAAAAAACUCUCGAAAAUCCUGUGUGCUCGCCCUCUUCGUUCGUUCGUUCCUUCGUUUCUUUCCUUCUUCCAGCCGCUUUCGAGAGGGAGCCAAAUUAGUGGGAAAUAGAGACGUAAUUAGCGAGCGGAUCGCUAAGCGAGGGCGCCGUCGCUCUUCUCCUCAUCCCUCCAUCUGCUAAGGAGCAGAGCUCAUAAAUCAAGCUCAAUCCAGGCGCUGACAGGGACCCUCUUCAAGGACGACAGUGUCUCGGUGGUGACUAAUUAACCGCCACUUAAAGGCGCGUAGCGAAGACACUGCGACCAUGUGCUCGGCGGCGCAUGGCUUAACACCGAGCGCUAGUUUCCGCACGCGUAUGCCGUAUGCAAUCUCUUACAUUCAUGGACAAACAAAAAGGCAAGGUUAAGAGCAGGAUCAUUCAGUGCUGUAUAUAGCAUGUUUUGACAUCGUUGUGUCCCCCAUAGCUAAUUUUGUCAAAAUCAGCAAUAACCAAACUAAAACAUAAAUGUAAAGAAGUAUCUAAUUGGCGUAAUCUGUUAAAUGUUGACCGGAGUGCCAUGCUAAUCUAAUCCUGAAAGUGUUGUGUGAUAAAAUUAAUCUCAUGUGUGUGAUGGAAGGAGCUCUGACAGCGGUGUUUAAAGGUUGACCCGGCCUAUAUGCAUCUCCAUACCUCUUCCAUCUCUCUCUCUAUCUCUCUCUCUCUGUCUAUAUGGAUCUAUCUAUGGUGUACAAUUCUGUACUGUAUAGCCACAAUUGCGACACACUCUUGCAUGUUUUGAGAUACCAUCCAAAAAUUUUUCUCAUUUGGGUUCAAUUUGAAGCACAAACCCGGUCCCAGUGCUAUUUUUUCUCGGUAUCUGUCUGUCUUUGUCCCUCUUUUCUUGUUCACGACUGCGCCGCCCGUGUAAAGCUCAAUGAUCCAUGGCGAACCUAUCUGUGCUCAUGUUUUCUCCUGAACAAUAAGUAAACAAACAAAAAAAAGAAAAGAUAACAAGUAUGUCAUGUUUCUCAAUGUGGGUUAUAAAAAAAAAAGCAUGUCAAUGUUUGUUAUGGGUGGAUUUUCCUUUUAAGAACAAAAAAAUAUAUGAAAAGUGUGUGUGUGUGUGUGUGUGUGUGUGGGAAAGGUUGGUUUUAAAAUACAGAAGAUUGAAGUGUGGUUUGAUAUCAGCUCCCCUGUAGAGAUGAGUGAUUGUGGGUAACCUGGAGGUCUGGUUUGGGGCGUGAAGAGAGGCAUAUGAGGCAGGAAGGGUGAGAUGGGCUGCUGCUGACCGGACACUGAACUCCCUCUGUACGCAUGCGAUUAACUGGAAGACAGCAGCUACAAAUCAGCUUGCGGAUCCAUUUUUUAUAAAGGCAGAUUGUGUGUAUUGAUCUUUCCUGCCGCUUCGCUCUGCUGCUUGUGUCCACACAUUUAAAAUGUGCUUCAAUGCUAAUGUCCUACUAGUGUCCACUGAGACUGAUGGAUAGUGCAUGCGUUAGUAAGAGGCCUCUAAUUGCUCCACAAAUGCUGCAAUGUGGGGUUUCUUUUGCCACAUGGUUGCUCAGAAGAUAUCCAAUCAGGACGCACCUGAAUUUACAAGUAGCCAAUCAGGAGGGACUUGAGAUUCUACAUGUCUGAUCAGGAGCCACUUAAGAUUCCAAAUGUCUGAUCAGGAGGCACUUAAGAUUCCAAAUGUCUGAUCAGGAGCCACUUAAGAUUCCAAAUGUCUGAUCAGGAGGCACUUAAGAUUCCACGUGUCUGAUCAAGAGGCACCUGACAUUUAAUGCCCAAAGAAGUGCAUUAACUUCAGCUUAUAUGUGUCUAGUCAGGAGGUACCUGAACUUUCAGAUAUCCAAUGAAGAGGCAGAUUAUACAUUUCCAUUAAAAAGACCCCCUGAGAAUACAAGUGUCCAAUCUAGCAGCACUUUAGCUUAUAUGCAUCCAAUCAGUAUGUACCUGAGCUUACACCCACCCAAUCAGGAGGUCCUUGAGAGUACAGACAUUCAAUCAGGAGGUACCUUUUCUUACACACGUCCAAUCAGGAGGUCCUUGAGAGUACAGACAUCCAAUCAGGAGUUUCCUUAGCUUACACCCAUCCAAUCAGGAGGUCCUUGAGAGUACAGAUGUCCAAUCAGGAGGUACCUUAUCGUACACACUUCCAAUUAGGAGUUACCUUAUCUUACAACUGUCCAAUCAGGAGGUACCUUAGCUUAUACCCAUUCAAUCAGGAGGUUCUUUAGAGUACAGACAUCUAAUUAGGAGUUACCUUAUCUUACCCAUGUCCAAUCAGGAGUUCCCUUAUCAUACACACGUCCAAUCAGGAGUUACCUUAUCUUACCCAUGUCCAAUCAGGAGUUCCCUUAUCAUACACACGUCCAAUCAGGAGUUACCUUAUCUUACACACAUCCAAUCAGGAGUUACCUUAUCUUACACACGUGCAAUCAGGAGUUCCCUUAUCUUACACACGUCCAAUCAGGAGUUACCUUAUCUUACACACAUCCAAUCAGGAGUUACCUUAUCUUACACACGUCCAAUCAGGAGUUACCUUAUCUUACACACAUCCAAUCAGGAGUUACCUUAUCUUACACACGUCCAAUCAGGAGUUACCUUAUCUUACACACGUCCAAUCAGGAGUUACCUUAUCUUACACACGUCCAAUCAGGAGUUACCUUAUCUUACACACGUCCAAUCAGGAGUUACCUUAUCUUACACACGUCCAAUCAGGAGUUACCUUAUCUUACACACGUCCAAUCAGGAGUUACCUUAUCUUACACACGUCCAAUCAGGAGUUACCUUAUCUUACACACGUCCAAUCAGGAGUUACCUUAUCUUACACACGUCCAAUCAGGAGUUACCUUAUCUUACACACGUCCAAUCAGGAGUUACCUUAUCUUACACACGUCCAAUCAGGAGUUACCUUAUCUUACACACGUCCAAUCGGGAGUUACCUUAUCUUACACACGUCCAAUCAGGAGUUCCCUUAUCUUACACACAUCCAAUCAGGAGUUACCUUAUCUUACACACGUCUUAUCAGGAGUUACCUUACCUUACACACAUCCAAUUAGGAGUUACCUUAUCUUACACACAUCCAAUCAGGAGUUACCUUAUCUUACACACGUGCAAUCAGGAGUUACCUUAUCUUACACACGUGCAAUCAGGAGUUCCCUUACCUUACACACGUCCAAUCAGGAGUUCCCUUAUCUUACACACAUCCAAUCAGGAGUUACCUUAUCUUACACACGUCCAACCAGGAGGUACCUUAUCUUACACACGUCCAAUCAGGAGUUGCCUUAUCUUACACACAUCCAAUCAUGAGUUACCUUAUCUUACACACGUCCAAUCAGGAGGUACCUUAUCUUACACACGUCCAAUCAGGAGUUCCCUUAUCUUACACACAUCCAAUCAGGAGGUACCUUAUCUUACACACGUCCAAUCAGGAGUUACCUUAUCUUACACACGUCCAAUCAGGAGGUACCUUAUCUUACACACAUCCAAUCAUGAGUUACCUUAUCUUACACACGUCCAAUCAGGAGUUCCCUUAUCUUACACACAUCCAAUCAGGAGGUACCUUAUCUUACACACGUCCAAUCAGGAGGUACCUUAUCUUACACACGUCCAAUCAGGAGGUACCUUAUCUUACACACGUCCAAUCAGGAGUUCCCUUAUCUUACACACGUCCAAUCAGGAGGUACCUUAUCUUACACACGUCCAAUCAGGAGGUACCUUAUCUUACACACGUCCAAUCAGGAGGUACCUUAUCUUACACACGUCCAAUCAGGAGGUACCUUAUCUUACACACGUCCAAUCAGGAGGUACCUUAUCUUACACACGUCUAAUCAGGAGAUACUGUAGUGUAAACAAGUCCAGUCACAAAAUACCUGAGCUUAGACAUGUCCAUUCAGUAAGCACCUGGACAUUAGUUGCAAGACUUGGAAGGAAUUUGGACUUCGUUAAAGGACAUUUGAAUAGCUCUGGUGUCAUUAUUUUUCAUUUCCAUUUGCCAUUUUUUUUUAUGACAAAAGGUUUCUUUUUGUUUGUUUUAUUUUACAAACUGAAUCAAUUCAUGGAAUGAACCCAAAAGUAGGAAAUGAACAGGCAAACAGAAACAUAAUCAUCUUUAACUGUUCCAGUACAAAAACAUUCAUCGGAAUCUAUUACGAGCUAAUAACAUCACUAAAAAUAAAUAACAAGAACAAUUUAUUAUAUUGGACCUACAUACAGCCUCUAAAAACAAAAGAAUGAACCAGUGUGUGUGUGUGUGUGUGUGUGUGUGAUUUGUUUUGUUUUUGAUCUGAUGUUAGGGAGGUUAUAUCGGGGUUGGAAUCUUUUCUAAACGAAAAUGUUAAAAUAUGUUAAAAAGUUUUGCUUAGAGCAAGCCGAAUUGAUUUCUGAGGCUUGGAUGUGAGAUAGAAUUCAAUUAAAGUAUAGAUCUGAGCGGCUGAGGGUUAGGAGUAUUGCUUAAGGGCGUAAUGGUGCCUUGCUGACAGUAACAGGAUUUGAACUCACAACCUGAUGAUCACAGAUGCAGCACUUUAAUCCUUACUGUGGACGAGUGGAUUUAUUUUAUUUAUAUAGUUUAGACCAAAACAUUUUAUUUGAAUUCCUGAUAGAUAGAUAGAUAGAUAGAUAGAUAGAUAGAUAGAUAGAUAGAUAGAUAGAUAGAUAGAUAGAUAGAUAGAUAGAUAGAUAGAUAGAUAGAUAGAUAGAUAGAUAGAUAGAUAGAUUUGGUAGUUAGAUUUUUUUAGGUUCUAAAUUAACCCAGUAGUAUAUAGAUUUAUUUCAUGGUGCAUUUGUAAUGUAAUUAUUCAGAUAGAGAAUUAUGUAUUUUAUUGGUUUAAGUUCAGUAAUUAAAUAAAAUAAACAAUGAUUUGUUUAAGUUAUAAACAGGAAUGCCGUGAGAAAUGUCAGCGCAUAUGGAUACCGUGUAUCUUGAAGUGAAGAUGAGAUCUCUGUGAGUUAGAAUUGGACACAAGAUGAAAAAAAAGCAUGAGGGUUUUUUUUGUUGUUGUUGUUGUUGUUGUUGUUGUAGGUUUUAAGAAAUAGCAUAAUUCAGUUUCUUUUCAGAGAUAAGAGUAUUUGUCACGGGCAGAUGAUGCAGAUGGAAUAAGGAGGAAGGAUUUUUCUGAAAUAUAAAGAAAGAUAUAAACAAGGAAAGAAUGAUUUAAGAAAUAGAAUAAGGGAUUUGAUGAAGGGAUAGAUAGAUAGAUAGAUAGAUAGAUAGAUAGAUAGAUAGAUAGAUAGAUAGAUAGAUAGAUAGAUAGAUAGAUGCAUGGAUGGAUGGGUGGGUGGGUGUAUGAAUGGAUGUAUGGAUAGCUAGAUAGAAAUAAAACAAGAUAAUGGAUGGAUGGAUGGACAGAUGCAUGGAUGGAUGGAUGGAUGGAUGGAUGGAUGGAUGGGUGAGUGGAUGUAUGAAUGGAUGUAUGGAUAGCUAGAUAGAAAUAAAACAAGAUAAUGGAUGGAUGGCUGGAUGGAUGGAUGGAUGGAUGGAAAUAUUGAUAGAAAUAAAACAAGAUGAUAGAUAGAUAGAUAGAUAGAUAGAUAGAUAGAUAGAUAGAUAGAUAGAUAGAUAGACUAAACCACUAGUUUGGUCAAAAAUGAAAUUUACACAAUUUUUCCCAUUAACACAUAUGGAUGCAACCAGCCAAGACAUCUUCAGCGCCUGAUGUUUACUUAUUAAGCUAAUGAUGUCCAAACAAUUAAUAAAGCUGGAGCGUGUUCUUCACCGAUGCCGGACAGCUGUAUCAGUGUGGGUUAGGAUACAGAAGAUUAUAAAACUGUAAUCUACACCAGGCUUCAUCUACUGGCAAAAAAACCCCUCCAGAUGCAGAUCCAGUAAAGCAUUUCUGUGGAUCAAACUGAGGAAUCCUGUAGCAGAGCCAAUCAGUGUAUGGAAGAAAACUGACUACAGUUCAGCCAAAAAAACAAUGGCUGAUGUUUGUGGCUUGUUGCAGCCAGUCACUGGCAUUUAUGUAACUGAAUUCGUAGAAGGCUGUUCAUCAAGGAAAGAAAAGCUUUUGACGGAAAUGUUUUGAUAGAUUUGUCGUUUCACUUACUCUGUCUGGUCUGAUUAGUCAAGUGACAGCGUGGAUUGCUAAAAACCAAACAAAACAAAACAAUGUUUAAAGAUGAGAUCAGAAGUGUGUGCAUUUUUUUCCACUCAAAACAGUUCAAAACAGCAAUUAGUCGGAUGUUGCGUUAGUCAAAUGUGGUAACGUGCAUUUCCGCUAGAAAACAACACACUUUGUUGUGUUUUGAUUAUACGCAGAUUGAUUAAGCGUUAAAAGGCAAUCGCUUGUAAGCAAGGAAAGAAUAAAAAACUUUUUUCUUUUUUUUCUCCCCAAACACUGUAACAUUAAAGGGGGUUAGACGUGACAACAUCGAUGCACAGAACAACUUCACAGCGCUAUAUAAUCAAGGAUUAACAUAAAAUAGGUGACCACACAAGGAUAACAAACCAAUGAAAGGUCAGGGGUGGAGUCAGAAAUCAACACAGAUGUGAGCAGAUUUAGGAUUAGCAUUUAGGUUAAUAAAAAGGAAGCUGUUAAUGUUACUUCCUGGGUCCUGGGUGGGUAUUAGAAAGCUAAGGUGAAAGUAAAUUAGUUAAAGUUUUAACACAAACUACAGUAUUUCUGUCACUGACAAAUUUUGUUCUAAUAAAUAAAUAAAUAAAAGCACACACAUAUAUAUAUAUAUAUAUAUAUAUAUAUAUAUAUAUAUAUAUAUAUAUAUAUAUAUAUGGAAAUCUUGGCAACUGUGUUUGAAAAGGAUUUGCAUGAGAGAUUUCCAUCAAUUGUAAAAAAAAAUAAAAUAAAAUAAAAAAAAAAUUAAUAUUUAGAGCUGUACAAAGCAAAGAAGCAAUGCCAAACACGUCUCGGAUGAAAUGGGGCGUGGAUACGAACGCGUAAAUUUGAGUUCCUUCUAAACUCCAUUUAAUGUUUAAUUAUCCCGCUAAUUAUCGAGCCUUUGUGUGCAUAAGGUUUUUUACGCAACAGGUGCCGCCUGUCAGUCAUGUACAGCUGUAUCGAUAACACUCCACUAAUUAUCUGAGCAUAAUUCAGUAGGAGUAUUAAAUGAGACGUAGCCGAGGCCCUCCGAAUAAAAAAAAAAAGGAGGUGUUAGAAGCAACACCGCUGUGCACAAACAAGCCCAUCACUCUGAAUGUCAGCGGAGUGUGUCGCUCGCCCACUGCAAGCUGAAAUUCCUGUCAGUCAAAUGGGUGAACACGGGCUGCGGUAUAGCUCUCUCGGCAGUGUUGGGAUUGAAAACGCUUGAUGUAAUGUCAGGCGUUCACAGGUUAACAGGGACCGGGUCGGUCAGUGAGUCAAGCCCAUCUCCUUCUCUCUGUGCCCUUUGCCUCUUCCUAUUCUCCUCCAUUCCUCGUCCUCCUCCUCUCCUCUGGAAACGAGACGAAAUGCCGUGUGCACCUCCGGCUCUCCAUUCUGGUCUUUCUGUCGUAUUAAUGUGUGUGUGUGUGUACAUGCAUGUAGGAGUGUGUGUGUGUGUUCUAUGACCUUGAUUGAUCAUGACCUACUUCACAUUCCAUUUCUCCACAAAGUUUCUGUGUUUUCUCGACAACAUCAACGAAAAAGAUGGAAAAUCCAGAGCAUUGUCUUCCACCUUCGACAAAUCCUGUGCUGUGUUCCGAGUCACGUUUCAGAAUUUUUGUCUGGUUUUGUCAUUUUUAUUGUGUCUGGGUUUUGUUUUGUUGAGUAUUUUUCUUUUUUUUGUUUUUGUUUUUCAAAGUCCACAAAGGAGAGAAUAAAGUGAAGGAAUUAAACAGAAGGGGAGAAAAAUAAAACUGAAUUUUGUUUUUAACAUAA